UCGUACUGUAUCCCAUAACCCAGCGCCUCUUCCUCUCGUAGUUACUAUCAAAACCAAUUGCCUCUCGAAAAUCGCUGUCUUUAGGCGAAACAAGCAACGCCAUGGCUCACGGCGGCUACGGAAAGCGGAGGGUGAAGCCUGCUGCCGGCCGUCGCUCCCGGACGGGCUUGGGCGUCGAGAAGAAGCCCAAGUCCGCCUCCCUCAAGAAUCAGAUUCGCUCCGUCGAGCGCAUGCUCCGUAAGAAUCUACCGCCUGAAGUUAGGGAGGUUCAGGAAAAGAAGUUAGAAGGACUCAAGAAACAGCAAGAUAUUCAUACUCGGCUUGCAGUAGAACGCAAAAUAUUUUUGCGAGACCGGAAGAUAAAAUUUUUUGAGAGAAGAAAGAUAGAGAGAAGAAUAAGACGCUUGGAGAAACUUCAACGUACUACAGCUGCUCAGGUGCAAGAUACAGAGAAUUCUGUGCAACUUUCCAAAUUGAAAGAAGAUCUUGAAUAUGUUAGGUUUUUUCCCAAGACCGAGAAAUAUGUCGCUCUGUUUACUGGAGGUGAUGAUUCAGAGCUUGUUGAUAGGAGAAAUAGGCUGCGUAAGCAGAUUAAGGCCAAUUUAAUUGCUGCAGCUGCUAGUGGGAAGGAUUUGGAAGAAACAGGGAGUGAGGAUGAUGGGCUUUUGGAUCUCAGUGAAGAUGAUUUCUUUCUAAGCGGAAGCUCAAGUGAUGAAGCAAAUGCAGAUGAUGAAUGGACAGAUAAGAGUACAAGGGAACAGGCGUCCAGUGCUUCUGGGAAAGCAGCAUCUGGCAUGUCCAGUGAUGAGAGAAAUCAGAGACAGAUUUCAGCUAGAGCUUUGAUGCCUCCCCCUAGGCCAUCAAGUAAUUCUCGCUCAAGUUCAGUACGUGCUCAAUCAAGAUUCGGUCCUUCAUCAAGCAAAAGUUCAUCAAAACGUGCUGAAAUGUCUACAUCCAGCAAUACAUCAAGUAGCAGAAGUGGAACUUAUUUUAAAGCUAGGGGUUCCUCAAGUUCAGGGGCAACUCAAAGUAGUAAUCUGAGCUCCAACUCUGAUGCUCAUAAACCCCGUAGAAAGAGGAGGCCAAAAAAGAAAAAGCAGCAGGCAUGAGUAGAAGGGGAUUGUGCUGAUGUUACUGUUUUUGUCGGUUGGCUGGCCAAAGCCAAGCAAAAUAGGAUCGGUCUGCAGGACUGUUAUUGCUGAUGUUACUUUGCUGUAAUGAUUUCAUCAAUUUGAGAUGUUGUGCAAGAUUCUUACAUCUCAGCCUUGACAUUUUAGUUCUGUUUUUUUUUUUUUUUUCUAAUUUUUUUUUUAAUUUUUUUUUUUAUAUAAUUUAUCUUCCCUUGGUAAAUAGUUGCAAGAAGGUAUACUGCUUUGUGUAACAAUCAGUCCAACUCCUUGCAGACUCACUUAGCUAGGUUUGAUUUAUUAUGACAAUUUGUUUCUGUUGUAACCUUGUAAUUGUACAAACUUCUUUCAGCUCAUCAGUACUGACGGUACAUGGGUGUC